UUCCGUUCUUACCUUUCCAUACUGGUUCCUGCACAUCGGAAAGUGUUAGUCCGCAUGUUGACGUCCUCUCAUACGCUAGCAGUUGAGGUCCUCAGGUGGGCAGAAUGUCGACACCCCGCCGUCUCUCGCUGUGAACGUUUAUGCCGUUAUUGCCACUCUAAGGUGGAAGACGAAGCGCAUGUGCUGCUGUAUUGCGAAGGUUCUGACGAUGUGGAAAUGUUGCGAUCCCACUUCUUU